AUCAGGCUUUAUCCUACUUGUUCCUUUGGUGAACCAGGUUCACUUAAACUUGCAAAAAGAUGACCGACCUCUUGAGAAGUGUUGUCACUGUAAUUGAUGUUUUCUACAAAUACACCAAGCAAGAUGGGGAGUGUGGCACACUGAGCAAGCAUGAACUAAAGGAACUUCUGGAGAAAGAGUUUCAUCCAGUUCUGAAGAACCCAGAUGAUCCAGACACAGUGGAUGUCAUCAUGCACAUGCUGGAUCGAGAUCAUGACAGAAGAUUGGACUUUACUGAGUUUCUUUUGAUGAUAUUCAAGCUGACUAUGGCCUGCAACAAGGUCCUCAGCAAGGAAUACUGCAAAGCUUCAGGGUCAAAGAAGCAUAGGCAUGGUCACCGACACCAAGAGGAAGAAAGUGAAACAGAAGAGGAUGAAGAGGAUACCCCAGAACAUAAAUCAGGUUACAGACAUUCAAGUUGGAGUGAGGGAGAGGAGCAUGGAUAUACUUCUGGGCACUCAAGGGGAACUGUGAAACGUAGACAUGGGUCCAACUCCAGGAGGCUAGGAAGACAAGGUAAUUUAUCCAGCUCUGGGAACCAAGAGGGAUCUCAGAAAAGGUACCACAGGUCCAGCUCUGGUCACUCAUGGAGUAGUGGCAAAGAGAGACAUGGUUUCAGCUCUGGAGAACUGAGGGAAAGAAUCAACAAGUCACAUGUUAGCCCUUCUAGGGAAUCUGGGGAAGAAUAUGAAUCUGGGUCUGGAUCAAAGAAUUGGGAAAGAAAAGGUCAUGGUGGUCUGUCAUGUGGAUUGGAGAUUAGUGGGCAUGAAUCGAACUCUACUCAGUCAAGAAGUAGAGGACAAAAGCUUGGGUCUAGCCGUUCAUGUUCAGGAGAUAGUCGGAGGCGAAGUCAUGCAUGUGGUUAUAGCAAUCCAAGUGGGUGUGAAAGGCCACAAAAUGCUUCAAAUUCUUGUCAGUCACAUAGAUUUGGAGGGCAAGUAAAUCAAUCUAGCUAUAUUCAGUCAGGCUGUCAGUCAGGAAUUAAUGGAGGACAAGGCCAUGACUGUGUCUCAGGAGGUCAGCCCUCUGGAUGUGGUCAACCUGAGUCUAACUCCUGUAGUCAGUCCUAUAGUCAGAGGGGAUAUGGAGCUCGAGAAAAUGGUCAACCACAGAACUCUGGAGGACAACAGAGAACAGGCUCAAGUCAGUCCUCUUUUUGUGGACAAUAUGAGUCUGGAGGUAGCCAGUCUUGUGGUAAUGGUCAACAUGAAUAUGGUUCCUGUGGCCGCUUUUCAAACUCUUCUAGUUCAAAUGAAUUUUCCAAAUGUGGUAAACAUCAGUCUGGUUCAGGUCAGUUUACUCGCUGUGAACAACAUGGAACAGGCUUGAGUCAGUCCUCUGGCUUCGAACAUGUAUCUGGCUCAGGUCAAACUUGUGGCCAGUAUGGGUCUAGAUCAAGUCAAUCCUCAGGCUAUGAUGAGCAUAGGUCUAGCUCAGGUAAGACAUCUGGCUUUGGACAACACAGGUCUGGCUCAGGUCAUUCCUCUGGCUUUGGCCAACAUGGAUCAGGCUCAGGUCAAUCCUCUGGCUUUGGACAGCAUGGGUCUGGCUCAGGAAAAUCCUCUAGUUUUGGACAGCAUGAGUCUGGCUCAGGACAAUCCUCUGGUUUUGGACAACAUGAGUCUAGAUCAUGUCAGUCUAGCUAUGGACAACAUGGUUCUGGCUCAAGUCAAUCAUCUGGCUAUGGCCAACAUGAGUCUAGACAGACAUCUGGUUUUGGACAACAUGGGUUGUGCUCAGGUCAAUCCACUGGCUUUGGCCAACAUGGAUCAGGCUCGGGUCAGUCCUUUGGCUUUGGACAACAUGGGUCUGGCUCAAGACAAUCCUCUGGCUUUGGACAACAUGAGUCUAGAUCAGGUCAGUCUAGCUAUGGCCAACACGGUUCUAGCUCAAGUCAGUCAUCUGGCUAUGGCCAACAUGGGUCUAGACAGACAUCUGGCUUUGGACAACACGGAUCAGGCUCAGGUCAAUCCACUGGCUUUGGCCAAUAUGGAUCGGGCUCAGGUCAGUCCUCUGGCUUCGGACAACAUGGGUCUGGCUCAGGACAAUCCUGUGGUUUUGGGCAACAUGAGUCUAUAUCAGGUCAGUCUAGUUAUGGCCAACAUGGUUUUGGUUCAAGUCAAUCAUCUGGCUGUGGUCAACAUGGGUUGAGUUCAGGACAGACAUCUGGAUUUGGACAACAUGAGUUAAGCUCAGGUCAAUCUUCCAGCUUUGGCCAACAUGGAUCAGGCUCAGGUCAGUCCUCUGGCUUUGGACAACAUGGGUCUGGCUCAGGACAAUCCUCUGGUUUUGGGCAACAUGAGUCUAGAUCACGUCAGUCUAGCUAUGGACAACAUGGUUCUGGCUCAAGUCAGUCAUCUGGCUAUGGCCAACAUGGGUCUAAAUGGACAUCUGGCUUUGGACAACAUAGUUCGGGCUCAGGUCAAUCCACUGGCUUUGGCCAAUACGGAUCAGGCUCAGGUCAGUACUCUGGCUUUAGACAACAUGGGUCUGGUUCAGGACAAUCCUCUGGUUUUGGACAACAUGAGUCUACAUCAGGUCAUUCUAGCUGUGGCCAACAUAGUUUUGGCUCAAGUCAAUCAUCUGGCUGUGGUCAUAAUGGGUCGAGUUCAGGACAGACAUCUGGACUUGGACAACACGAGUUAAGCUCAGGUCAGUCUUCCAGCUUUGGCCAACAUGGAUCAGGCUCAGGUCAGUCCUCUGGCUUUAGACAACAUGGGUCAGGCUCAGGACAAUCCUCUGGCUUUGGACAGCAUGAGUCUAGAUCACAUCAGUCCAGCUAUGGCCAGCAUGGUUCUGGCUCAGGUCAAUCAUCUGGCUAUGGUGAACAUGGGUCAAGUUCAGGACAGACAUCUGGUUUUGAACAACAGGGGUCAAGCUCAGGUCAAUACUCUGGCUUUGGCCAACAUGGAUCAGGCUUAGGUCAGUCCAGUGGCUUUGGACAACAUGGGACUGGCUCAGGACAAUUCUCUGGUUUUGGACAGCAUGAGUCUAGAUCACAUCAGUCUAGCUAUGGCCAACAUGGCUCUGGCUCAAGUCAGUCAUCUGGCUAUGGUCAACAUGGGUCAAGUUCAGGACAUACAACUGGCUUGGGACAACACAGGUCAAGCUCAGGUCAAUACUCUGGCUUUGGACAACAUGGAUCAGGCUCAGGUCAGUCCACUGGCUUUGGACAACAAGGGGCUGGUUCAGGACAAUCCUCUGGUUUUGGACAAUAUGAGUCUAGGUCACAUCAGUCUAGCUAUGGCCAACAAGGUUCUGACUCAAGUCAGUCAUCUGGCUAUGGUCAACAUGGGUCAAAUUCAGGACAGACAUCUGGAUUUGGACAACACAGGUCAGGCUCAGGUCAAUCCUCUGGCUUUGGCCAAUAUGGAUUGGGCUCAGGUCAGUCCUCUGGCUUUGGACAACAUGGGUCAGGCACAGGACAAUCCUCUGGCUUUGCACAGCAUGAGUACAGAUCAGGUCAGUCUAGCUAUGGCCAACAUGGUACUGGCUCAAGUCAAUCAUCUGGCUGUGGCCAACGUGAGUCUGGCUCAGGUCCAACCACAGGUUUUGGACAGCAUGGGUCUGGCUCAGACAAUUUCUCUAGUUCUGGACAACAUAUAUAUGGCUCAGGUCAGUCCACUGGAUUUGGCCAAUAUGGUUCAGGCUCAGGUCAAUCAACUGGCUUGGGCCAGGAUGAAUCUCAACAAGUAGCGUCAGGAUCCACAGUUCACGGGAGACAGGAAACUACUCAUGGUCAGACAAUAAAUACCGCUAGACAUAGCCAGUCUGGUCAAGGACAAUCCACACAGACGGGGUCCAGGGUAAGGAGAAGACGAAGAUCUAGCCAAAGUGAGAACAGUGACAGUGAAGUGCACUCAAGGGUCUCACACAGACAUUCAGAACACAUUCACACACAAGCUGGAUCUCAUUACCCAGAGUCAGCAUCCACAGUUCACAGAAGACAAGGAACUACUCAUGGACAGAGAGGAGACACCACUAGACAUAGCCACUCUGGUCAUGGACAGUCUACACAGACAGGUUCCAGAACAACUGGAAGACAGAGAUUUAGCCACAGUGAUGCCACUGACAGUGAAGUGCACUCAGGGGUCUCAUGUAGACCACACCCACAAGAAAAAACUCACGGCCAAGCUGGAUCUCAACUUGGAGAAUCAGAAUCCACAGUUCAUGAGAGACAUGAAACUACUUAUGGACAGACAGGAGACGCCACUGGACAUGGCUACUCUGGUCAUGGACAGUCCCCACAGAUAGGGUCCAGGACAACUGGAAGAAGGAGAUCUGGCCACAGUGAGUACAGUGACAGUGAAGGGCACUCAGGGGGCUCACACGCACAUUCAGGACACACUCAUGGCCAAGCCGGAUCCCAACAUGGAGAGUCAGGAUCUGCCGUUCAUGGGAGACAGGGAACUAUACAUGGACAGACAGGAGAUACCACUAGACAUGGCCACUCUGGUCGUGGACAGUCCACACAGAGAGAGUCUAGGACAACUGGAAGAAGGGGAUCGGGCCACAGUGAGUCCAGCGACAGUGAAAGGCACUCAGGGGUCUCACAAAGAGCACACUCAGGAGGACACACUCAUGGCCAAGCUGGAUCUCAACAUGGAGAGUCAGAAUCUAUAGCUGACGAGAGACACAGAACUACUCAUGGACAGACAGGUGAUACCAGUGGACAUUCUCAAUCUGGUCAUGGACAGUCUACGCAGUCAGGAUCCAGUACAACUGCAAGAAGGAGAUCUGGCCACAGUGAGUCCAGUGACAGUGAAGGGCCCUCAGGAGGCUCACACACACAUUCAGGACACACACAUGGCCAAGCCAGAUCUCAACAUGGAGAGUCAGAAUCCACAGUUCACGAGAGACAACAAACUAAUCAUGCACAGACAGGAGAUACCACUGAACAUGGCCACUCUAGUCAUGGACAAACGACACAGACAGGGUCCAGGACAACUGGAAGAAGGGGAUCUGGCCACAGUGAGUACAGUGACAGUGAAGGGCACUCAGGGGGCUCACAUGCACAUUCAGGACACACUCAUGGCCAAGCCGGAUCCCAACAUGGAGAGUCAGGAUCUGCCGUUCAUCGGAGACAGGGAUCUAUACAUGGACAGACAGGAGAUACCACAAGACAUGGCCAGUCUGGUCAGGGACAGUCCACACAGACAGGGUCCAGGACAACUGGAAGAAGGGGAUCUGGCCACAGUGAGUACAGUGACAGUGAAGGGCACUCAGGGGGCUCACAUGCACAUUCAGGACACACUCAUGGCCAAGCCGGAUCCCAACAUGGAGAGUCAGGAUCUGCCGUUCAUCAGAGACAGGGAACUAUACAUGGACAGACAGGAGAUACCACAAGACAUGGCCAGUCUGGUUAUGGACAGUCCACACAGACAGGGUCCAGGACAACUGGAAGAAGGGGAUCUGGCCACAGUGAGUACAGUGACAGUGAAGGGCACUCAGGGGGCUCACACACACAUUCAGGACACACUCAUGGCCAAGCUGGAUCCCAACAUGGAGAGUCAGGAUCUGCCGUUCAUGGGAGACAGGGAACUAUACAUGGACAGACAGGAGAUACCACUAGACAUGGCCAGUCUGGUCAUGGACAGUCCACACAGACAGGUUCCAGGACAACUGGAAGACAGAGAUCUAGUCACAGCGAGUCCAGUCAUAGUGAAGUGCACUCAGAGGUCUCACCCACACAUUCAGGACACACUUACAGCCAAGCUGGAUCUCAAUAUGGAGAGUCAGGAUCCUUAGGUUAUGGGAGACAGGGAACUACUCAUGGACAGACAGGAGAUACCACUAGACAUGCCCACUCUGGUCAUGGACAGUCCACACAGACAGGGUCCAGGACAACUGGAAGAAGGGGAUCUGGCCACAGUGAGUACAGUGACAGUGAAGGGCACUCAGGGGGCUCACACGCACAUUCAGGACACACUCAUGGCCAAGCCGGAUCCCAACAUGGAGAGUCAGGAUCUGCCGUUCAUAGGAGACAGGGAACUAUACAUGGACAGACAGGAGAUACCACUAGACAUGGCCAGUCUGGUCAUGGACAGUCCACAGAGACAGGUUCCAGGACAACUGGAAGAAGGGGAUCGGGCCACAGUGAGUACAGUGACAGUGAAGGGCACUCAGGGGGCUCACACGCACAUUCAGGACACACUUACAGCCAAGCUGGAUCUCAAUACGGAGAGUCAGGAUCCUUAGGUCAUGGGAGACAGGGAACUACUCAUGGACAGACAGGAGAUACCGCUAGACAUGCCCACUAUGGUCAUGGACAAUCCACACAGACAGGGUCCAGGACAGCUGGAAGAAGGGGAUCUGGCCACAGUGAGUACAGUGACAGUGAAGUGUACUCAGGAGUCUCACACACACAUUCAGGACACACUUACAGCCAAGCCGGAUCUCAACAUAGAGAGUCAGGACCCUCAGGUCAUGGGAGACAGGGAACUACUCAAGGACAGACAGGAGAUACCACUAGACAUGCCCACUAUGGUCAUGGACAAGCCACACAGACAGGGUACAGGACAACAGGAGGACAGAGAUCUAGGCACAGAGAGUCCAGUGACAGUGAAGUGCACUCAGGGGUCUCACACAGACCACACUCACAAGAACACACUCAUGGCCAAGCCGGAUCUCAACAUGAAGAGUCAGAAUCCACGGUUCACGAGAGACACCGAACUACUCAUGGACAGACAGGAGAUAGCACAGGACAUGCCCACUCUGGUCAUGGACAAGCCACGCAGACAGGGUCUAGGACAACUGGAAGAAGGGGAUCGGGCCACAGUGAGUCCAGUGACAGUGAAAGGCACUCAGGGGGCUCACACACACAUUCAGGACACACUCACAGCCAAGCCGGAUCCCAACAUGGAGAGUCAGGAUCUGCUGUUCAUGGGAGACAGGGAACUAUACGUGGACAGACAGGAGAUACCACAAGACAUGGCCAGUCUGGUCAGGGACAGUCCACACAGACAGGUUCCAGGACAACUGGAAGACAGAGAUCUAGUCACAGCGAGUCCAGUCAUAGUGAAGUGCACUCAGAGGUCUCACCCACACAUUCAGGACACACUUACAGCCAAGCUGGAUCUCAAUAUGGAGAGUCAGGAUCCUUAGGUUAUGGGAGACAGGGAACUACUCAUGGACAGACAGGAGAUACCACUAGACAUGCCCACUCUGGUCAUGGACAGUCCACACAGACAGGGUCCAGGACAACUGGAAGAAGGGGAUCGGGCCACAGUGAGUACAGUGACAGUGAAGGGCACUCAGGGGGCUCACACGCACAUUCAGGACACACUUACAGCCAAGCUGGAUCUCAAUACGGAGAGUCAGGAUCCUUAGGUCAUGGGAGACAGGGAACUACUCAUGGACAGACAGGAGAUACAGCUAGACAUGCCCACUAUGGUCAUGGACAGUCCACACAGACAGGGUCCAGGACAACUGGAAAAAGGGGAUCUGGCCACAGUGAGUACAGUGACAGUGAAGGGCACUCAGGGGUGUCACACACACAUUCAAGACACACUCAUGGUCAAGCUGGAUCUCACUAUCCAGAGUCAGGAUCCACACUUCAUAGGAGACAUGGAACUACUCAUGGACAGACAGGAUAUACCACUAGAGAUGCCCACUAUGGCCAUGGACAAUCCUCACAGAGUGAGUCUAGGACAACUGGAGGAAGGGCAUCUGGCCACAGUGAGUCCAGUGACAGUGAAGUGCACUCAGGGGGCUCACACACACAUUCAGGACACACUCACGACCAAGCCAGAUCUCAACAUGAAGAGUCAGGAUCCUCAGUUAACAGGAGACAGGGAACUACUCAUGAACAGACAGGAGAUACCACUAGACAUGCCCACUCUGGUCAUGGACAAUCCACACAGAGAGGGUCCAGGACAACUGGAAGAAGGGGAUCUGGACACAGUGAGUACAGUGACAGUGAAGGGCACUCAGGGGGCUCACACACACAUUCAGGACACACUCAUGGCCAAGCCAGAUCUCAACAUGGAGAGUCAGGAUCUGCCGUUCAUGGGAGACAGGGAACUAUACAUGGACAGAUAGGAGAUACCACAAGACAUGGCCAGUCUGGUCAUGGACAGUCCACACAGACAGGUUCCAGGACAACUGGAAGACAGAGAUCUAGUCACAGCGAGUCCAGUCAUAGUGAAGUGCACUCAGAGGUCUCACCCACACAUUCAGGACACACUUACAGCCAAGCUGGAUCUCAAUAUGGAGAGUCAGGAUCCUUAGGUUAUGGGAGACAGGGAACUACUCAUGGACAGACAGGAGAUACCACUAGACAUGCCCACUCUGGUCAUGGACAGUCCACACAGACAGGGUCCAGGACAACUGGAAGAAGGGGAUCGGGCCACAGUGAGUACAGUGACAGUGAAGGGCACUCAGGGGGCUCACACGCACAUUCAGGACACACUUACAGCCAAGCUGGAUCUCAAUACGGAGAGUCAGGAUCCUUAGGUCAUGGGAGACAGGGAACUACUCAUGGACAGACAGGAGAUACCACUAGACAUGCCCACUAUGGUCAUGGACAAUCCACACAGACAGGGUCCAGGACAACUGGAAGAAGGGGAUCUGGCCACAGUGAGUACAGUGACAGUGAAGGGCACUCAGGGGGCUCACAUGCACAUUCAGGACACACUCAUGGCCAAGCCGGAUUCCAACAUGGAGAGUCAGGAUCUGCCAUUCAUGGGAGACAGGGAACUAUACAUGGACAGACAGGAGAUACCACUAGACAUGGCCAGUCUGGUCAUGGACAGUCCACACAGACAGGUUCCAGGACAACUGGAAGACAGAGAUCUAGUCACAGCGAGUCCAGUCAUAGUGAAGUGCACUCAGAGGUCUCACCCACACAUUCAGGACACACUUACAGCCAAGCUGGAUCUCAAUAUGGAGAGUCAGGAUCCUUAGGUCAUGGGAGACAGGGAACUACUCAUGGACAGACAGGAGAUACCGCUAGACAUGCCCACUAUGGUCAUGGACAGUCCACACAGACAGGGUCCAGGACAACUGGAAGAAGGGGAUCUAGCCACAGUGAGUACAGUGACAGUGAAGGGCACUCAGGGGGCUCACACGCACAUUCAGGACACACUCAUGGCCAAGCCGGAUUCCAACAUGGAGAGUCAGGAUCUGCCGUUCAUGGGAGACAGGGAACUAUACAUGGACAGACAGGAGAUACCACUAGACAUGCCCACUCUGGUCAUGGACAGUCCACACAGACAGGGUCCAGGACAACUGGAAGAAGGGGAUCUAGCCACAGUGAGUACAGUGACAGUGAAGGGCACUCAGGGGGCUCACAUGCACAUUCAGGACACACUCAUGGCCAAGCCGGAUUCCAACAUGGAGAGUCAGGAUCUGCCGUUCAUGGGAGACAGGGAACUAUACAUGGACAGACAGGAGAUACCACUAGACAUGGCCAGUCUGGUCAUGGACAGUCCGCACAGACAGGUUCCAGGACAACUGGAAGACAGAGAUCUAGUCACAGCGAGUCCAGUCAUAGUGAAGUGCACUCAGAGGUCUCACCCACACAUUCAGGACACACUUACAGCCAAGCUGGAUCUCAAUAUGGAGAGUCAGGAUCCUUAGGUCAUGGGAGACAGGGAACUACUCAUGGACAGACAGGAGAUACCGCUAGACAUGCCCACUAUGGUCAUGGACAAUCCACACAGACAGGGUCCAGGACAACUGGAAGAAGGGGAUCUAGCCACAGUGAGUACAGUGACAGUGAAGGGCACUCAGGGGGCUCACAUGCACAUUCAGGACACACUCACGGCCAAGUCGGAUCCCAACAUGGAGAGUCAGGAUCUGCCGUUCAUGGGAGACUGGAAACUACUCAUGGACAGACAGGAGAUACCACUAGACAUGGCCAUUCUGGUUAUGGACAAUCCACAGAGACAGGUUCCAGAUCUACUAGAACAAGUCAUUUUCAGUCACAUAGUAGUGAAAGGCAAAGCGAUGGAUCAAGUCAGGUUUGGAAACAUGGCAGUUAUGGACCUGCAGAAUAUGACUAUGGGCACACUGGGUACGGGCCUUCUGGUGGCCGCAGAAAAAGCAUCUGUAAUUCUCACCUUUCAUGGUCAAUAGAUAGCAUCACAAACGAGCAACUGUCUAGACAUUGACAAUCAUUUUCUAGUUCUGACCUGAUAGUAUCCAAAGUAACUAAAAGAACAGGAAGACACGGUUUAAAUCAUGAACAGUCAGUGAUAAGUUAUGAACAUUCAAUUGAUUCUCAGUAUCAGUCUGGACCCAUUAUAAGAAGAAGUCAGGAAUCUAGUCAUGGACAUUCUGUAGUAACUCAUAAACAGUCAAACAACACCUAUGUUCAACCUGGAUAUAACACAGCCAGAAGGGAGGGAUGUACAUAUAGCCAGUCAAAUGACCAUCUUGGAUCUGACCAUGGACAAUCCAUAUCAGUUCAUGUCCAUUCAAAAUCUAGUUCAAUCAGAAAACAGCAAUCCCAUACUGAUAAUAAAAGGCAUUUGGAAGAUUAGGAGAAAGACACUCAUGAGCAAUUAGGAUCUAGGCAUGGGAAGUUAAGAGUUCAAUACAAUAGUUUUACACAGAUCUAGCCAGCAACAUUUGGGAGAUACAACUUUUCAUGGGCAGGUAAGAUCCAGCACAGGUUUUGCCAGAUAGGUAUGAAGUCAUGGGCCAUCAAGAGAUGUCUAGGGUCAAUCUGGAUUCAGUACCAAUGAAAGACAAGUAUAUAGCAAUGGCCAAUCAAAUGACAGUUAUAAGCAGUCAAAUGACAGCAAAAGUCAAAGAUACAUUUUCAGUCACUUUCUUGACAGCCCACAGGAAUUGAAGAGUAUAGGUAUAGAUAUUGAUCAAGCAGUACAACCACAUGCAGUGGGGGAGACAAAGGCAAGAAUCAGAAUCAAGUCUGUCAGGAGGUAUCAGAAUAUACAGUGAGGAUGUGAGCAAUAAACAGACAAGAGGCUCUGAGGCCAGUGGUUACCACAGAAAGGAAAGAACAGGCUCUGGUUCCUUCUGCGUAGAUAGCAACACCCCACUCUAUGAAUAUGUCCAAGAACAAAGGAGUUAUUACUUUGAAUAAGAGGCCAACACAGACUAGCCCAAGAAAAGAACUAAGCCAGAGAAGAAAUGAGACACAUACAUGAAAUUAAGGUAUUUAACAUGAUCUCCUCUUUUGGUAGUAGGGGUAUAUAUCUGUUCUUUCAUUUUAACUAUGGUUCUGUACUAUAUUACUUUUGUUUGGUGCCAGGUGUUUUUGUAAGACUCCACAUUCAUUGAACUCCUUGGUUAAAAAACAGUGAAUGGGGCCAGGUGCGGUGGCUCACGCCUGUAAUCCCAGCAUUUUGGGAGGCUGAGAAGGGUGGAUCACGGGGUCAGGAAUUCGAGACCAGCCUGGCCAACAUGGUGAAACCCUGUCUCUACUAAAAAUAGAAAAAUUAACUGGGUGCAGUGGCAGGUGCCUGUAAUCCUAGCUACUCAGGAGGCUGAGGCAGGAGAAUUGCUUGAACCCAGGAGGCAGAAGUUGCUGAGAUUGCACCACUGCACUCCAGCCUGGGUGACUGAGUGAGACUCCACCUCAAAAAAAAAAAAAAAAAGAAAGAAAGAAAGAAAGAAAAGAGUGAAUGGAAGAAAAAAAUAAACAUCAUUUGGGGCUAUAUUCAGAACUAUAUAAUAAAGUGAGAUUUGUGUGGUUGGGAAUAAAAUUAGGGUUUAAAAAAAUUUCUGAGUUUCAAAAUUUGGAUUUUCCAGAUUUUGUUUUAAUUAAUUAUUGACAAACCUAUCCAAGGAGCUAAAUGACAUGGUUUAGGAGCCAAAAUGUCUCUAGAAACAUUAUAACACAUCCCAUCCUGAACAAAGAAUGUGUAGUAGUUUCCCACAUGAAUAUUCAGAAUAUUUGCAUCUUUUUGUGUCACUACUAGAACUCUGUACAACUAUGUUUAAAUUUAUUGUCAUGGCCUUCUGGAUAUAGGAUCCAGAAAACUGUACUUCAUAAAAAUUGGCAAUAAACGUUUCAUCAAGU